GUAGUAACAAAACGAUUCAGCCAGGGGUAGAGAGAGAUAAAAGUAAUGAAAUAGAGAGAGAAAGCCGUCACCGUUUUGAUUUGGCACUGACCCAAUCCAAACCAAACCAAACCAAACCAAAUUCACCAACCAACUAACAAGCCAUGUGUGCAUCCCCCGUUCUCCAUCUCUGACUCUUCUUCUUCUUCUUUUUGUUUUGUUUAUCCCUUCUCUUCUUCUUCUUCUUCUUAUUUAUUAACUCACUCAAAUUCUCUCUCAGUAACAUAAACAUACCUUUCCCGUGACGACCCCAAAACAUGGCGGAAUCGAUUGAGUUACCGAGUCGGCUUGGAAUCCUUCCAUUUAGGAACAAAGUCCUCUUACCUGGCGCCAUUAUUCGGAUUCGUUGCACUUCACCCAGCAGUGUGAAAUUAGUGGAGCAAGAACUUUGGCAGAGAGAAGAGAAGGGGUUGAUUGGUAUACUGCCAGUCCGAGAUGCUGCCGAACCUACUGCAGUGGGCCCAACACUAUCUCAAGGAGUUGCAAGUGAUUCUGGAGAUAGAGUGCCGAAGAUUCAAGUUGGCGCAUCAGAUGGUCACAAGGUUGACGGGAAAAAUCAGCACGAAGUUAUUCAUUGGCACAAUAGGGGAGUCGCAGCUCGUGCCUUACAUCUUUCAAGAGGAGUGGAGAAACCAAGUGGGAGGGUGACAUACAUUGUUGUGCUUGAAGGCUUGUGCCGGUUCAGUGUCCAGGAACUUAGCACAAGAGGAACAUAUUAUACUGCUCGUAUAUCUGCGCUUGAGAUGACAAAGAUAGAGAUGGAGCAAGUAGAGCAAGAUCCAGAUUUCAUGGCUUUGUCUCGUCAGUUCAAAGCAACUGCCAUGGAGCUUAUUUCAGUUCUCGAGCAGAAACAAAAAACUAGUGGGAGAACAAAAGUUCUUUUGGAAACAGUUCCAAUUCACAAAUUGGCCGAUAUUUUUGUUGCUAGCUUUGAGAUAAGCUUUGAAGAGCAGCUAUUGAUGUUGGAUUCAGUUGACCUCAAAGUGAGGCUUUCAAAAGCUACUGAGUUAGUUGACAGGCAUUUACAGUCAAUACGUGUAGCUGAGAAGAUCACGCAAAAGGUUGAGGGACAGUUGUCAAAAUCACAGAAAGAGUUUCUUUUACGCCAGCAGAUGAGGGCCAUUAAAGAGGAGCUUGGUGAUAAUGAUGAUGAUGAGGAUGAUUUGGUUGCUUUGGAAAGAAAGAUGCAAAGUGCAGGAAUGCCUUCAAAUGUCUGGAAGCAUGUACAGAGGGAGUUAAGGCGGCUUAAGAAAUUGCAACCACAGCAACCCGGAUAUAAUAGUUCACGAGUAUACCUGGAACUUCUUGCUGAUUUGCCAUGGCAGAAGGCCAGUGAAGAACUUGAAUUGGACCUAAAAGCUGCAAAAGAACGUCUUGACAGUGAUCAUUACGGUUUAACCAGGGUAAAGCAGCGGAUUAUAGAAUAUCUGGCUGUGCGCAAGCUUAAACCGGAUGCAAGAGGGCCAGUUUUGUGUUUUGUUGGCCCACCAGGUGUUGGGAAAACAUCUUUGGCAUCAUCAAUUGCUUCAGCUUUGGGCAGAAAAUUUGUACGCAUAUCUCUUGGUGGCGUGAAGGAUGAAGCUGAUAUAAGAGGGCACAGGAGGACGUACAUUGGAAGCAUGCCAGGGCGUCUGAUUGAUGGAUUGAAGAGAGUAGGCGUCUGCAAUCCAGUCAUGCUGCUGGAUGAGAUUGAUAAAACUGGUUCUGAUGUACGUGGGGAUCCUGCUUCUGCUCUGCUGGAGGUUCUUGACCCCGAACAGAAUAAAACAUUCAAUGAUCACUAUUUGAAUGUUCCAUUUGACCUUUCAAAGGUAAUUUUUGUGGCAACUGCAAAUAGGGCACAGCCCAUUCCUCCUCCGCUGUUGGACAGGAUGGAAGUCAUUGAACUGCCUGGAUAUACACCUGAAGAAAAACUUAGUAUUGCCAUGCGACAUUUGAUUCCAAGGGUGCUGGAGCAGCAUGGGUUGAGCUCUGCAUUCCUCCAGAUUCCUGAGGCUAUGGUUAAACUUGUGAUUCAGAGGUACACUAGGGAGGCUGGUGUCCGGAAUCUGGAGAGGAACUUGGCUGCCUUGGCUCGUGCAGCGGCAGUUAGAGUUGCAGAGAAUGAAAAAGCUGUUCCAGUGAGUAAGGAUGUGCACCAGCUUACUACGGCAUUGUUGGACAAUAGGCUUGCUGAUGGAGCUGAAGUAGAGAUGGAAGUCAUUCCAAUGGGUGUAAACAAUCAUGAAAUAUCCAACACAUUCAGGAUUGCCUCACCUUUGGUUGUGGAUGAGGCUAUGCUAGAAAAAGUACUCGGGCCUCCAAGGUUUGAUGAUAGAGAAACUGCAGAACGAGUUGCAGCUCCUGGAGUAUCUGUUGGGCUAGUCUGGACAACUUUUGGUGGAGAGGUCCAGUUUGUGGAGGCUACUGCAAUGGCGGGAAAGGGUGAUUUACAUCUUACUGGACAGCUUGGUGAUGUAAUCAAAGAGUCGGCACAACUAGCUCUGACAUGGGUGAGAGCUAGGGCAACAAAUCUUCAGCUGGUGGCCAAGGAGGAAAUUAAUCUCCUUGAUGGGCGGGAUAUUCAUAUACAUUUUCCUGCUGGAGCUGUACCCAAAGAUGGGCCCUCUGCUGGUGUGACUCUGGUAACAGCUCUGGUUUCACUGUUUAGUCAUAAAAGAGUAAGAGCAGAUACGGCAAUGACUGGGGAGAUGACUUUGAGGGGUCUUGUGCUACCUGUUGGUGGUGUCAAGGAUAAGGUAUUGGCUGCUCAUCGUUAUGGUAUCAAGAGAGUUAUUCUGCCUGAGAGAAAUAUGAAGGACUUAGCUGAAGUGCCAGCAGCUGUGCUUGCCAGUCUGGAGCUUCUUCCGGCAAAGCGAAUGGAAGAUGUUUUAGAGCAGGCUUUUGAAGGUGGUUGCCCUUGGAGAGUAAGCUCAAAGUUAUGACAGACUGUCAAGGGAGUUCAUCUAUUUACACCCUUCUGGUGAUUUGAUUGUUUUGUAUGUCACCACUUCUUUUGGACAUACUGGUAGAGUAUUUAUCGGUUGCCUUUCAGUGAUUGGAGAUGAAAGAAAUUGUUAAGCUCAUCUGAUUAUAAUCCAGCAAAAAUGGCUCAACUAGUAGCUGCUAAGGUGGGUGAUACAUGUCCUCCAAGUUUCUGUUGGAAAUACUUGCCAAUUUUUUUAUUUUUAUUUUUUCCCUUCCAAUCAAGCUGUAUUUACGGAAGAAAUACAUUAUACAUGUGCUUACUUCCGGAUUUUUAUUUAUUAAUUUCGUGUGUAAAUAUAAAUUAAUUUUCUGUUCAGUAAAAAUCAUUAUUUAAUGGAGGAAA